AUGGUGGUCGGUCUGGAGCUGAUGGAGCUGGGCCGGAAGGCAUUCACGGCGCGGGUAUCCUCCACGAUCAGCUUGUUUCACUGGCCAACCAAGCGGUUUUCUCUUUCUUCAUCGGUGGCCAUGUCGGCCAAUCUUUCCGAUCCGAACUACUUUGUCACACACAACAUAAACAGGGGCGAGAUGGAAGCAUCGGGCUAUGUUGUUGACGAUAGUCUCAUUAUCAAAUGCGCCUUGACCGUCAUCAAGGAGCCAUAUGUUUUCGAGGAGGCCCAUGCCGAGGAGGUGCCACCGUCGGAAAUCACGGACCAACUCGGGAAGCUGCUAGAGGCAAAGGAGGGCGCGGAUGUGACAUUCGAGGUUCAAGGAGAGGAAUUCCCGGCCCAUAAGCUCGUGCUGGCAGUGCGGUCUCCGGUUUUCAAGGCCAUGCUCUACGGGCCGAUGAUGGAGAAGGAUUCAAGCCGCAUCGUCAUUGACAACAUGCAACCCGCUGUCUUCAAGUUUCUGCUCCACUUCAUCUAUACGGAUUCAAUGCCUGCAGCAGUCAUGGAUGACGACGACUUUCUGGAUGAAGACGAUAAGAAAGAGGUGACCAAACACCUGCUUGUGGCUGCGGAUCGCUAUGGCAUGAUAAGAUUGAAACUUAUGUGUGAAAGCAUCCUCUGCAAACACCUCGAUGCCGAGUCCAUUGCAACCACAUUGGCUUUGGCCAAUCAACAUACUUGUUCUGGGCUCCAAGAUGCUUGCAUUCGAUUUCUUGCAUCAUCAUCUACUAAAAUACUAGAUGAUGUGGUGGCAAGUAGAGGAUACAAUCAGCUCAAAAGAAGUUGUCCAGAUACCGUAAUGGAGAUGUGGGAAAAAGCAAGUAGGCUCCGCAAAACCUAG